CGACCUCGUUUGUCCCCUCCUCCCCAAUGUAGUCCUGUACGAAGAACAGCAAUGAGGCUUAAAACUGUGGGGAAUGCACUACUCGGCACUUGCUUUCGUUGUCGGAGCAGUGAAUUUUUGAGGCUCAAAUGCUGACGGAAAAAAAUCAAACAGUGAUGAUUAUCGGUUCUGCAAUUUCUGAAUGAAGAUAGUGACGUACAAUGUGAACGGCUUAAGGCCACGCAUACAACAAUACGGUUCACUCCCGAAACUUUUAGAUUCACUCAACGCUGAUAUCAUCUGUUUUCAGGAGACUAAAUUGUCCAAACAUGAUUUACGAGCCGAUUUGGUUCGUGCUGAGGGUUACGAGUCUUUCUUCUCUUGCACCCGUACUUCUGAUCGUGGCCGCUCCGCUGGCUAUUCCGGUGUUGCAACGUUUUGCCGCGUAAAAUCUGCAUUCUUGAGCAAUGAGGUAGCUCUGCCAAUUGCUGCAGAAGAGGGCUUCACUGGUCUCCUUGGGACAUCUAACGGAUAUGAAUCUAGAAAGGAUGAGUGUCCUUCAAUAGCAGAAGGCCUUGAGUGCUUUUCUAGAGAUGAGCUCCUUAAAGUUGAUAGUGAGGGACGUUGUCUGAUUACUGAUCAUGGUCAUUUUGUUCUAUUCAAUAUAUAUGGGCCCAGAGCUGUUCAGGAUGACUCUGACAGAAUCCAAUUUAAGCUGACAUUUUUCAAGAUGUUAGAGAGAAGAUGGGAGUGUCUCCUGCAUCAAGGAAGGAGGAUUAUCAUCGUAGGGGAUCUCAAUAUUGCUCCUGCUGCCAUAGAUCGUUGUGACGCAGAACCUGAUUUUGAGAAGAACGAGUUCAGGAAAUGGUUUAGAUCGUUAUUAUUGCAGAAUGGAGGGCGUCUCCUUGAUGUUUUCAGAGCAAAACAUCCUGAUAGAAAAGGAGCCUAUACUUGCUGGUCACAGAGUACAGGAGCCGAGGAAUUUAAUUUUGGUUCUAGGAUUGACCAUAUACUUAGUGCAGGAUCAUGCUUGCAUGGUGAGGAAAAUCAAGAAGGGCACGACUUUGGUACUUGCCAUGUUGCAGAGUGUGACAUAUUGAUGCAAUUUCAAAGGUGGAAACCUGGAAAUACGCCAAGGUAAACUUUAGCUAUUUGUAGUAAGGAAAAUUACAUGAUCGCAUUAUGGAUGAAUGACCUUCGAAGCAUGAACUCUCAUAAACAAGUGAGGAUAGUUCCGAAAGUGAUAAUAAUGUAACUUAGCUGCUCGAUAUCAGUAGACAUUAGUUUGGUCUGAUUACCUGUAUGCUUUGCGGCGAUGGAAAGAUUUGUUUUACUAUUUCAUAAAUCUGUCAUGUUACAGUUUCUGUUAAUCUGUUACAAGGAUAUACAACAACAAAAAACCUAGAAGUAAAAAUUUAUAAGGAUAUAGCAAGUAAAAAUUCCAACUUGUAUUCUUAGUUGUGAGAAAGCACGGGAGAAAAAUAUAUUAUUGAUAUUCUAUUCAAUUAUAAUACAAUGGGCCAUAUUUAUACAAUGCAUAUCCUACUCUACUAUAUGGACUAGGACUAAGUCACGUUAUUUACAUAACUAUCUAACACUCCCCCUCAAGCCUGUGCCUACAAAUCAUAUUUACCGAGCUUGUACAUAUGUAACUA